AUGAAGGCGAAACGACAACGUCAACGACAACGGGCGUCGUCUUCUGAUGAGAUUGGCAUGCGUUUUCAUGCGAAAUGUGAAGCCCAACGACUAGUCGGAAUACGCCUAAUUCGGCUCAACAUGAGACGACAUGACGAAGCUGCCUGUUCAAGAGCGUCAAUGAGUCAUUGCCACGUCAAACCACGUCGAUUAACGUCAGCCCACGUCGGCAAGCUUAGCCAAUCAGAUCUCUCAUCCUAUCCCGUUAGGCCUGUGCUGAUUGGCCAGUCUAAAAAUAGUAGUUUGCGUCAAGUCGUUCGGCCUAUAUAA